AUGCAUGCACGGAGAACCAAAGAGACUGCAAGAAGACCUAGAAAUCCCAACUCUAGUCAGAUUUCUCAAUCGUCUAUCCCUUCCUCUAGGGAAGAAUCAACCAAAGAAGGCUCAAGGUCUAAUCACAUCGCCAUUGUCAAAAUUGUUACCCAAAUCCUAAAUGAGAACAAUAUUACAUCCAGGAUCCCUGGUCCUGCUAAUCCUGUGCUUCCUGAGUCAAAUGUCAUUGGGCAUGUUAGUGACACUGCUGACACCUAUGUCCCAGCAAAUAAUGAUAAGAAUGCAAAUACCAGUGAAGGCAUAGAUGAAAUGAAUGAGAAUGUGCAUGUAAGUGACAAUAAAAGAAAUGAUGGAGUAGAAGUCACUGUUGGUCAGGAUGAUGUUAGUAUUGAUCACAUUGAAAUUCCUGAUGGUGUUGAGCACAAUGAAGAGACCCCCAACAAUGUUUUUGCUAACACGUGUGUAAACCACACUAAGGAAAGCCAAAAUAAAGAAAAAGAACCAGAGAAGACUCAGACUGACAAAGUGAUCAACCUUGAUGAUCUCUCUGAUGAUGACCUGGUUUCUUCCACCAAUCCAAGCAUAGCUAGAAGGCUAAUGAGGAGGAAAGGAAAGGAAACUGUAGUCGAGGACUCUCAGAGGAAGAGGGCAGUGGCUAAGUCCUUUUCUGUUGGACCAAAGAAACUAUGGAGCAAAGUGGUGCCUAAGAAAAGAAAGGCCAGAAGCAGUUCUGAGAAUGAGUCAGAUUCUGAUGUUGAUGCGAAUGUCAAUGACAUUCAUCCCAAGAAGAAGGUCUCUACCAGCAAGCUGGCUGCUAUGUACUCAGAUGGAAAUUUGUCUAUCAGUAAAAAACUGGCCUUAGAGAGAGAACUUGCUCAAAAUGCUCUUGAGUAUGAAGAGAUUAUGAAUCUUAUUCAUGAGGCUGGUCUAAUGAAGACUGUGACUCAACUCUCUAAGUGUUAUGAAGUCCUGGUGAAGGAGUUCAUUGUGAAUCUUCAUGAAGACUGUGGCAAUAAGGAAACUAAGGAGUAUUUAAAAGUGUUUGUCAGAGGUAAAUAUGUUAACUUCUCGCCCACUGUGAUCAACAAAUUUCUGGAAAGGUCAAAUGAAGCUCAGCCAGAGCUGGAAGUGUCUGAUAAUCAAAUUGCAAAGAGAUUAUUGCUGGUUAAGUGA